AGCAGCAUGUCUUCAGCCGACUUUGUCCUCGGAGCGGAGACUGGAGCGUCUUACCGACGUUUCCUUUCUGGCAGCAACUUCAACGCAUCCCAGAGGAGCCCGCGCAUGAUGCUGGCCAUGGCCGUCAGCGCUGACGGACGCGACCAGGCUGUGUUGGUGCUGCGGGAGAGGGACAUCAUCCCCGUGUACAACCUGCAGGAGAAGAACCAGAGCCUGCGUGCCCUGAGAGGGGAGGACGCCUCCGUGUUCUCGCGUGACUGCAAAUACCUCCUCGGCCAAUCAGGAGCGCCGGACUGGACACUGUUCUGCUCCCACCCCAUGAAUCAGAUCCCCUCAGACACCUACAGGCACGAUCCCACUCAGGUUGUGGCCAUGUAUGAUAAUCUGUCAGAGGCCACCUCAUCCACCUGCACCGACCAAGGCCAGCUCUACAGCGCCGACCUGACCGAUAUAGAAGCCCCAGUGGAACACCUUAGCCCCGAUGAGACCAUCUCCACCGUGUGGACAGACUGCGCUCUCACAGAGAUCCCAGACAGCCAGAUCAUCACAGAAGUGCCAGCCAACCCAGGGACCCACAACACCAAGUAUGACCUGGAGGAGACCCUUAUUACCCACUGUAACCUGGAGGACACCUACACCACCAAAGCUGACCUGCAGGAGACCUACACCACCAAGGCUGAUCUGCAGGAGACCUACACCACCAAGGCUGAUCUGCAGGAGACCUACACCACCAAGGCUGAUCUACAGGAGACCUACACCACCAAGACUGGAGACCUACACCACCAAGGCUGA